AUGACAAGUACAGAUACUAAUAAUCCAUCGAAUAUAUCAAAUGAUCGUACACCAUCAAUAUCAACAGAAGAGAAAAUCGAGCGUGAAAGUAAAUCAAGUGAAGAAGAAGACGAAGAUGAUGAAGAUGAUGAUGAAAAGAAUAACACACUUGAUGAUCUUGCUGAUGAAGAACUAAUGCGUCGUCAAUAUGUAAAAAAAAAUGAAUUUCGUCGAGUAUCUGUAGCAGCUGAACGAUAUAAUCCGGAAGAAGAUACUGAUUCGGAUAAUGAACAAUCUCUUGUUUAUCAAAAGACUCCUGAACAACGUCAACGUUUGAAAGAAGCUGUAUGUCAUAAUCUAUUAUUUCGUACACUUGAAGCGAAGCAAAUGGAUCAAAUUCUUGAUGCCAUGUGGGAAAAAAAUGUUAAAAAAGGUGAAACAAUUAUUAAACAAGGUCAUUUAUUUUAA